UGAACUGGCCUCUUCUGUACUGUCCCCUCCCUGGACUGGCAUGUGGAAUUCAUCAUUGGGUUUUUCCUGUCAGUCCAAACAGGAAAAAUGUCUGCUUGGGCCCAGCUCUGGGAGGCCAGAGCCUGGAUGCCUGCUGACCCCUGGCUUUGGUCUUGACCUGAAGUCAGGUCUGGCGGGACAACGGUCAGGCAUCCAUCUUCAUGGCUGACUGCUUAUUCAUCAUGCAAAUUACCCUGUCUGUAAACUCGAUGGACCCUGACCGAGAACACUGCCGUUGACCCCAGCCUGCCCUCCCCCAUUCCCCAUAGGUUUCCUGACACCUGGUUGAGGGGGGGAGGGAGGUCGUGGGAACUAGGCCUUGUUUAAUGCCAGUUCUGAGAAGUCAUCCAAACCCUUCCUAGGCAUUUGCUCCCCAGACAAAGAUCCUCAGAGAAGCCAGGAAAGGUAACUGGUUGUGUGGUCUGGUAGUUGGUGUGCUCCAUGAAGGAAGCAGACGUCUGGGGAUUUCGACUUGGAUCAGGGCUUCAGAUGCUCUGGGUGUUUUUGCAAGGGCUGCUAGAACUGACUUUUAAUAUCUAUAUGUGUCUUUCAACCUUCUGAUGAAUGAUGAUGAUGAUGGUGGUGGUGGUAACAGCUGCCGUUUGUCCUGCCCUAAGGCACAGGCACCAGGCUAAAUGUUUUAAUACAUCAUUACCUUCAACCCCUGUGACCACUGUAAAGGAAGGGAUAAAAAUCAGAGGGACAACUUGCCACAGGUCCAGGAGUUGUCAAUCGGACUCAGGUCUUUGUCACCCCCCAAAUCCUGUGUGCACACUGCGUGUGUGUAAAUGAGAACCCAUCAGGAAGUGCUUCGAGAUAUGCAGAAGUUACUGAAGGCAUGGGAAGGGUGACCUCCAUCCUAGCCCAUGAGAGCGUGCCUUUCAGCGCUUGGAGAAUGGAGCUGGUUUACCAGCUCAUCUGCAAAUAUCUCGCAUUAAUCACUCAGCAUCUACACCCCGAGUAGCAUUUUCAACUAGAGGUGUCGGGGUGAGCUCUGGAGUCAGAGUUAACUUUCAUGCCCCACUAACUUGGAGACUUCGGGAAAGUGAGUUAACCUUUCUGAACUCAGCCUCCUGGUUGUGAAGAGGGAGUGGUUCUCACCUCACAGACCGGGCUGAGGACUGAAGGAGGCAGUGAGGGCAAGUAAAGGUGCAGAGCAUCUGGCUUUUUUUUUUUUUUUUUUUUUACUUAAAAAAAUGUUUAAUACAGUUUUUAAAGUUUACUUUCCAUUUACAGGGUGCAGAGCGUCUUAACUGUUGUUACCAUUGACUCUCUUUAAUCUGCCAUUUUCCCAUAAGCCCUUGCUCCUUUUAUUUAUUUAUUUAUUUUUCAACACUUCUGCUGAGCUGGGAGGUCCCAGUGCAAAUAAACUCUCUUAAAAUCAUGCAGCAUGUCAGGGAGGGGAAGGCAGAGAGGAGAGGGCUUUGCUUCAGAAGUCAGGAGGCCUGGGCUGAUGUCACCUCUACCGUAGCUGACCUGUGUGACCUUGACAAGUUGACAAGUCACUUUGCCUCCCUGAAUUGCUGUUUUUUCAUCUAUAAAAUAGGAAUAAUGAUACUCUUCUCACAAGGUGGUUAUGAGGGUUCAUGAAGUAACAGAGGUGCUCGAUCAUUGUCAAGUUUCCUUUGCCCCUUUUCCAUUCAUCCAGGCAUCUACUUGUGGCCCUGGGACACCCCCACAAUUUAGAGAACUGUUCUAAAAUGCCACCAUGCUUGUCUUUUGCUGGUAGCCUGCUCCCAGCAGUCAUAUUGUCCAUGCCUCUGCCUCUGUCUCUGCCUCUGAGUCAGACCCCGUCUCAUUAACCCAGCCUAGUCUGACAUCUCCCUGCUCUCCUCAGAUACCAGGGAAAGAACUUUCCCUGUGCAUCUGAAGUUCACUGCAAUGUUUGGGAAGUUCCUCUGAAGUCUCACCUAGUGCCAGCCUGAACGUGGAAUGAUGGUACCAACCUGUGUAUGAGGAUAAUUCUUUGGGCCUCUGGACUGAACAAGAGAAGGGAGAUGAACCAAGGGACCAGGUCUCUCCAGGGCAGGAUGGCCCAGGAGCUCAGUGAGAAGGAGAUCUUGAAGAUGGAGGUGGAGCAGCUGAAGAAGGAAGUGAAGAAUCCUCGAGCUCUGAUUUCCAAAACGGGAAAGGAAAUCAAGGAUUACGUGGAGGCGGAAGCAGGAAACGACCCUCUUCUCAAAGGCAUCCCUGAGGACAAGAAUCCCUUCAAGGAGAAAGGCGGUUGUAUGAUUAGCUGAUGACGCUGACGCCUCUCAUCCCGAAUGCUUGCCCCUCUCAGCCCCGUUCCUCACCCAGGCCCCAGGACCCUGGGAUGCCCAGGGAACCAGUGGAUGUUCACCUUCUUAGUCCCAGAAUGAGUAAAGAUGCCUGGCUGCAGACAUUGUGAAUCCAUUCCCUGGUCCCGCUUUGAACUCUUUCCUCCCAUUACCUCCGCCAUCCACUGGGUCACAGCUGACCCCACUUGGAAACACUCCAGGAGAGCUUCUCUGGUUCAGUGUUGGCAUCGUGUAGGGUCUGAAAAGACUGCAAUUCCCUGAGAACCUAGAGGCCAGUCCUUUGGAAAGAGUUGCUCCUCCCUAGAACCCCUCCCUCUCCUCCCUCCACUCUCUUCCCAGGAAUUAGCAUUCCCAUUCUGAGUAGUUGGGUUGAGGACUGGAGUUGGGGAGUCCUCUUUCCCCACCUCAUGUGAGAGUCCUCCUGGUCAUUUAGAUCACCCCAGAUGGCCUGAUGACAAAAAGAAUUUGUAAAGUCAUGAUGUCAUGAUUUCUUUAAUAUUA